AUGGAGGUUUACCGACGCAUCAUCGAACGAGUGCGUGGGGCGUUGUGGGCUCAUCAUCGUCGCCUAAUGCCGGAGCGGCAAUUUCACCGCAUCUUGGCGUAUGUUUACAAUAACAAAUACGAACAUCAAAUUCGAUUUGAUCGAAUGGAAGUGGUGGGGACGGAGUGGGGUGGACGAGUGGAGGUGGUGACGACACCCGGAGGCCACAUGAAGCGCGUUCGCGUUCAUCCAUGUCUGGAGGAACUGACGGAAUACCGCCGCAAGCAAGUUAUCUUUUCGGCCUAUGCCAAUGCCUGCCAGCAGGGUCACGAAUUGAUGAAGCAAGCCGAGUUGAAUAUCUACAAGCAGUUUUUAAAUGAUAUAAAACCAAUUGUCCUCGGGAUCCGAGACAACCCGGAGUUUUACACCGUUUCGGAAAACUCGAUUGAGAGUUUGGAUGCGACCUUAAAUGUCCACGGGCCGCAACCUGAGUUGACAUUUCGUACUAUCCCAGCCGCGAAGGCGUAUCAGCCCACCGACGAGGUGCGGCGUCGGCAUGAAUGGCUAAACCAGUGGUUUCGCAGCCCACAAGGCCGUCGUUGGUCUCACACGCUGCGCGGAAAGGAGUAUUUUACGAAAUAUGGCCCACAAUACCGCCCUCCUGGUGCCCCUGGGGCGAAAAAGCAGGUCUUGCCAUUUGAGCUGAACGCCGCGUAUACGCCCAUGGACGAGGGACGCCUGCACAAGAAGAAUUGGAUGGCGUACUUGGACAACAAACACGUCGCGGAAAGUUUAUGGACACGCGCAAAGGUGGCGGAUCGCGAGAAGAAAAUGCGAAAACUACAGGAAACAGGGCAGGCCUGGCACCGCCCGAUUAACGAGGAUGCCGUAAACAGGUGGUGA